GCUCCCCGUUCACACAGAGUAUAAAACAUCACAGGGAGUGGAGGUCUCGCAAGAAAUAAUAAUAAUAAUAAUAAUAAUAAUAAUAAAUAUCAAGCCAGGCGCGGGGUUGUAAUUUUCAACACCAGACGGGAAAAGCAGGAGUUUUAUAAACAUGAUUUCGAUGGCAGAUCGUGUGCAGAAUCGCCUCUUCUUGUUGGUAUCCACGCUGGCUGCUUUGGUGAUCCUGAAUACGGCAAAGUCAGGGUCGGCCUCCACCACCUGCGGCUCCAACUUCUUCCAGUGUGCGAACGGACGGUGCGUGACGUCCCGCUGGAUCUGUGACGGGACCGACGACUGCGAGGAUGGGAGUGACGAGCUGGAGGAAACGUGCAGAGCAAAGACCUGCAAGCCCGAUGAGUUUAGCUGUGGGGGGCGUCUCAACCAGUGUGUGCCCUCCGGAUGGCGCUGUGACUACAAGACGGACUGCGAGAACGGAGCGGACGAGGAGGAUUGUGCCCCGAAGGUCUGCGCUGACGAUGAAUUCCGUUGCCGUGACGGCAAGUGCAUCUCGCUGCAGUUCGUGUGCGACGAGGACCGGGACUGCGAGGACGGCAGCGACGAGGACUCCUGCCCCGCGCCGACCUGCGGCUCCGACAUGUUCCAGUGCAACAACUCGGUGUGCAUCCCGCGGCUCUGGGCUUGUGACGGAGACUCGGACUGCGCCGACCACUCGGACGAGUCUCCGCAGAGCUGCCAAGGACAAGCCCCGCCCCCGGCGCCCUCCCCCUGCUCCAAGCUGGAGUUCCACUGCGGGAGCGGGGAGUGCGUUCACGUGAGCUGGAGAUGCGACGGGGGGAACGACUGCCUGGAUCGCUCGGACGAGGCCGAUUGCCCUACUACAACCUGUCGCCCGGAUGAGUUUCAGUGCGAUGACGGGACGUGCAUCCACGGGAGCCGUCAGUGCGACAAGGAAUACGAUUGCAAGGACUCCAGCGACGAGCGCGGCUGUGUCAAUGUAACCAAGUGUGAGGGGCCGUCGAGGUUCAAGUGCCACAGUGGGGAGUGCAUCCACAUGGACAAAGUGUGCGACAAGCAGAGAGACUGCCGGGACUGGUCUGACGAGCCCAUCAAAGAGUGCGGCGCCAACGAGUGUCUGAAAAACAACGGCGGCUGCUCUCACGUCUGCAACGACCUCAAGAUCGGCUUCGAGUGCCUGUGUCCCUCCGGCUUCCGUCUGCUUGACCAGAAACGAUGCGAAGAUAUCGAUGAGUGCGAGAACCCGGACGCUUGCAGUCAGAUCUGUGUCAACCUCCAGGGAGGGUACAAAUGCGAAUGCAGCGAGGGCUACCACAUGGACCCCUUUACCAAGGCAUGCAGAGCCAUCGGCACCGUGGCUUACCUCUUCUUCACAAACCGCCACGAGGUGCGGAAGAUGACCCUGGACCGCAGCGAGUACACGAGACUCAUCCCUCAGCUGAAGAAUGUGGUGGCGCUGGACAUGGAGAUCAACGCCAACAAGAUCUACUGGUCAGACCUCUCCCAGAAAAAGAUCUACAGCGCCCACAUGGACAAGGCUCACAACUCCUCUCACCACGCCACGGUGAUCGGCGAGUCGAUCCAGGCUCCGGACGGCAUCGCUGUCGACUGGAUCCACGGCAACAUCUACUGGACGGACUCCCAGAUCAGCACCAUCUCCGUGGCAACCACCGACGGCAGCCGCCGCAAAACGCUGUUCGUGGACGGGCUGACCCGGCCGCGGGCCAUCGUGGUGGACCCACUGCACGGCUUCAUGUACUGGACCGACUGGGGUACCCCUGCCAAGAUCGAGAAGGGCGGGCUGAACGGCGUUGAUCGAGUCACUUUGGUCUCCGAAGGAAUCGAGUGGCCCAACGGCAUCACGUUAGACAUGCUAAACCAGAGGCUUUACUGGGUUGACUCGAAGCUCCACACCCUGUCCAGCAUCGAUGUGCAGGGAGGCAACAGAAGAACGGUCAUCAUGAGCGAGAACAAGCUGGCCCAUCCCUUCUCCCUCACCGUCUUUGAGGAGAAGGUUUUCUGGACGGACAUUGAAAACGAAGCCAUCUUCAGCGCCAACCGCCUGACGGGAGGUGACAUCGUCGCGGUGGCAGAGAAUGUGGCGUCUCCCGAAGACAUCGUCCUCUACCACAAUCUGAAACAACCCACCGGUGUGAACUGGUGCGCGAAGAGUAACCUCCUGAACGGAGGCUGCGAGUACCUGUGCCUUCCCGCCCCCCAGAUCACCAGGCACUCUGCCAAGUACACCUGUGCCUGCCCGGAUCACAUGAGGCUGGCUGCGGACAUGAGCAAGUGUGUGCCAGAAGGGGAGGACUCUGUGACCCCCACGAAGGCUCCCACGCAGCCCACAACCUCCACCGCCGCCACCUCCACCUCCACCACCUCCACCGCCUCCCCAAAGAGCAGCACUGAAGCUGGGGCUAGCAGGAUCUCUCCGCCCAGCGACCGCGCACUGAUCACCCUCUCCCAUCAAGCUCAGAAUGGUGUGAAUGCCGAAGCCAACACAGAAAGCCAUUCCUCUCCAACUGCACUUUACAUUGUAUUACCAAUAGUGAUCCUCUGUCUGGUUGGGUUUGGUGCAGUCUUGCUGUGGAAGAACUGGAAAUUGAAAAACACAAACAGCAUCAACUUCGAUAAUCCCGUCUACCAGAAAACAACCGAGGACGAGAUCCAUAUCUGCAGAACCCAGGAGGGAUACUCGUACCCCUCGAGACAGAUGGUCAGUCUGGAAGAUGAGGAAGCGUGAUCACAGACCACGAGAACGAAAAACAAAUCUGGCGUGGUGGUGAUGGUGGUGGAGGGGGGGGUUGAAUAUAAUGCUGCUUUAGGGUCGAUUCCUGAGACUGCUCACCUCCUGUGUCCUUAGAAGACCAAAAAAAAAAAAACUUGUGAGUGCGGACUUCACCAAGCUACAGACUUGAACUGCGGAGUUUGGUUAUAGCCAAAAAUCCUUUUAUUUUGUAUUUUUAUUUUCAUCUUGCAUAUGAAGGAGGCAUGUCUGGAAACACUCUGGAUGAAAAGGACACCUGGGGCGUCCGGUCACGAUUAUUAUUAUUACUAUUUUUCUGGGGAGAAAGUUGUCAAGAAACAGCGAGAGAAUCUGUCUCAUAAACAUGAGCAGUCCCUUAGACAGCAGGCGCUGCGCUCUGAAGACUUUGUUUUGUGCCUGUUGUGAUCUCUUGCACACUGCGUCUGUUUAUUUUGAGAUCCACUCAAGUUUACUGUUUGUUAAUAACAUCAGGAUGUAUGUUUUUAUUUAGAUUUGUACGUAUGACUGCAUUGCACUUUUUUUUUUUGUUCAAUCAGCAGCCAGCGAGAGCCGUGCCGCGUUUCACAUUGCAAGAGGUUUUCCUUUCGUUUAUUUUAUUCAGUCGCGUGUGUGAGUUCUAGAAGGAUCGUGCGUGUUUGUAUCUGUUUAAAAAAAAAAUCACUAAAGCCUUAAAAACAGAACCACUAAGGGUUAACGUUACUACAGCAAUUGCCUAUCUGUGUAAAGCAGGCUUGGUCGUGUUUCAAUGCAAUAUCAGCUCAGGUCAGUAACACCUUCCAGUUGCCUUAUUUUUUGAUGUUUUAAAACAGACUCGGGAAUGGCAACAAUACUGAAGUUUGGCCAAUUUAAAAAAACAAACCACUGUUGUAUUCUGGCCAAUCUGUUUGUUUUUAAAAGACACUAAAAUGAAGGCGAGUGGUGAAUAUGGAGACGCUUGUGGUGGUGGUUGCAUGUCUCCCACAAAAACAUUUUGUUUAGAAAAGGAAAAACUGAUUUUUUUUUUUUUUUUUUUUUUCUGAGAUUUUAUAAACUGUAUAUAUGUUGUAAAUAUUCCUGUACAGAAUUUUUUUUUUUUUUUGCACAGUUUAUUCGUUUGUACAUUUGUGUUGGAACUGGCCAUCGUGGCUCUAUAAUAUAUUAUUUAUUGCAUAAACCACUAGUGACCAUAUAUGCUUCAUUUUAAAAAUGAUCCAUGACUGUUAAACACUGUGCCACAUUUGGAAAUACCAAAAGAAUCUGAAAUUCAAGCCUCUGAAAUGUCUGGUCCUAGCGACAGGUGGUUUGUUUUCUUUUUAAUUUCACAUCUUAUUCUAAAAGCAUUGAAACCCCACUGUGCAGUGUUUCAAUUCUUGCACUGUUUGAAAUGUCAGUGCCUUCAAAAAGGGGUUUAUUUUCGGUGAAACUAUGUUUGUACCUUUUGCCUUUCCAUCAAAGGUAUGUUUUGCACACUAUCUCGCUUCAGGUACAACAAACAUUUUUUUUUUUAAAAUAUAUCCACGAUUUCGUCCAAGUGUGUUUAACUAUUGCAGAUCAUCUAGGGUGUGAAAUGAAGCUCACUGAUGCAGUUUGAAGUUGAUAAAUCACACGGUACCAUCUGUAGCAUCCGUCCGUACAGAUUAGCACAAGAACCAACGCGUUUACAGCAACGAGGAUAUCAGCUGUGAGGUCUCUUCUGACUUUCUUAAAAAAACAAAAAAACCGACAUGUGUGUAUAACGUAUUUAUUUAUCAAAUUGUACAGAGAUGCAUUGUAAAAAAGAUGAAAAUGAUACUUGUCCCUUGUGUAUAUUAUAAACAAAUUACAUUUAAAAAAAAAAAAAAAAAAAAAAAAUCUCGUUCUUCUUGUUUUUGUGACUGUAUGUCUGGUGAUGGGGUUGUUCAGUCGGUUUGUACAGAAGGUGGACAGUGAAGGAUUGUGGUUGUCUCUAAAAAAAUAAAAUUAAAAUAAAAAAUACCAGGACUGUGCACCACAGCUCUGGCCAAAAAUUUUGCCUCACCCUAUAGAAUGAACUCCUGUUGCUUCACGAAGUCGAGUGAAACCUGCUGAAUAAUGUUACAGUUAACAUAUUGAAUUACACACCACCGCGUUGUAGUUUUCCAUGACUACACAUUGAAAAAAUGUUUCGAAAUCUGACAUGAAAUACUACUGUACUACUAUUAUGGCUUCCAGGUAGAUUUCAUUUUGUAGUUUCUUUGACAUGAUGUUAAAUAAAAGAUCUAAAUUCUA